GGCAUUCCCACAACCCCCUGCGAGGAAGCCAGAGAAAAGAGUCCGGUAACUGGAGGGGCUGAGAGAAAAGAAACACACGAAAGAGAUACGUCGCCCAAAUCAUAGUAAUUACAAAUACAUAUUUUUUUUUCCCCCAACAUGGCCGACAACGAGAAACUGGAUAAUCAGCGGCUGAAGAAUUUCAAAAACAAGGGCCGGGAUUUGGAGACAAUGAGAAGACAGAGGAAUGAGGUGGUUGUGGAACUUCGCAAGAAUAAGAGAGAUGAACACUUACUGAAAAGGAGAAAUGUCCCUCAUGAAGAUAUUUGUGAUGACUCUGAUGUAGAUGGCGAUUACAGAGUGCAAAAUACGUCUUUAGAAGCAAUAGUACAAAAUGCUUCCAGUGACAACCAAGGCAUACAGUUAAACGCUGUGCAGGCGGCAAGGAAGCUGUUGUCAAGUGAUCGGAACCCACCAAUUGAUGACUUAAUAAAAUCUGGCAUUUUACCUAUACUAGUUCAUUGUCUGGAAAGAGAUGACAACCCUUCCUUACAAUUUGAAGCUGCCUGGGCUUUGACAAACAUUGCCUCUGGAACGUCAGAACAGACACAAGCAGUUGUUCAGUCAAAUGCUGUUCCUCUUUUCUUAAGAUUAUUGCACUCUCCACAUCAAAAUGUUUGUGAACAGGCGGUCUGGGCCCUGGGCAAUAUCAUUGGGGACGGACCUCAGUGCAGAGAUUACGUCAUCAGCCUAGGCGUAGUGAAACCCCUGCUGUCCUUCAUCAGCCCAUCUAUCCCUAUUACCUUUCUUCGCAAUGUCACCUGGGUGAUGGUUAAUCUCUGUCGUCACAAGGAUCCACCUCCACCAAUGGAAACCAUUCAGGAGAUUCUUCCUGCUUUGUGUGUCCUGAUACAUCACACGGAUGUGAAUAUUUUGGUUGACACAGUCUGGGCUCUGUCCUACCUAACAGAUGCUGGAAAUGAGCAGAUUCAGAUGGUUAUUGAUUCAGGAAUAGUUCCUCAUUUGGUGCCUCUCCUUAGCCAUCAGGAAGUCAAAGUACAGACUGCAGCACUGAGAGCCGUUGGCAAUAUCGUGACUGGUACAGACGAGCAGACGCAAGUGGUUCUCAACUGUGAUGCUCUGUCCCACUUCCAAGCUCUCCUUACUCACCCAAAAGAAAAGAUCAAUAAGGAGGCAGUGUGGUUCUUAUCAAACAUAACUGCAGGGAAUCAGCAGCAAGUUCAAGCUGUUAUCGAUGCCAAUCUUGUGCCAAUGAUCAUACAUCUGUUGGACAAGGGGGAUUUUGGUACUCAGAAGGAGGCUGCCUGGGCAAUUAGUAAUCUCACCAUAAGUGGAAGAAAAGAUCAGGUGGCAUACCUUAUCCAGCAGCAAGUCAUUCCACCUUUCUGCAGCCUACUCAUCGUUAAAGAUGCACAAGUUGUUCAAGUAGUGUUGGAUGGACUGAGUAAUAUCUUGAAAAUGGCAGACGAUGAGGCAGACACUAUUGCUAAUUUGAUUGAAGAAUGUGGAGGUUUGGAAAAGAUUGAACAGUUACAGAAUCAUGAAAAUGAGGAUAUCUAUAAAUUGGCCUAUGAAAUUAUUGAUCAGUUCUUCUCAUCGGAUGAUAUUGAUGAAGAUUCUAGCCUGGUUCCAGAAGCAAUCCAGGGUGGAACUUAUGGUUUCAAUUCAUCAGCUAACGUGCCAACAGAAGGGUUCCAGUUCUAAAAAGCUUCCCAAUCUGGAGUUAACGUCAUGAUGCAGCACUGUAAAACGAAAUUUGAUCCAUUGUGCUCGGCUCAUGGGAUCCACUGCUGCAUUUAAUCCGAGAGAAAUGUGUGGAUUUCGUUUGGCAUCCAGGGAAAGCCCAAAUGAAGUUGUGAUGGCGAGUGGGUGCGAGUGAGAAUGAGUGGCUAAAUGUUGCAAAAUCUACACUGAAUGCUUUGAAGAUGUUUCGAGUAACUGCAAGUUAUUAGAGGUCUUCAACAAAGGGGGAUCAGAGAACCAAGGUAAUUUGAAAGAUUUGAUGAAAGCAUCAUAUCAUAGCUUGUGGACUUGUUGCUGACAAAGCUGGAAAAUAGUCAACAUUUGUCAAAGUCCAGAGCGCCACAACCAAGGCCUUGCUAUGAAGCACUGUGUGAAUGAACCCAUGUAUGAAUGUCUGGACUCAGUGGUGUGGAGCCAGGUUCAUCUCUAAUGCAGGGCUCUUCGUUUGUGAAGCAGACUCCAAAGUCCAGGAGCGCGGCGUGUGUACGAGAGUAUGGGCGGAGUAUGGGUGUGGUGUAUGUGAACGCAUGCAAAACUUAAUGUGCCUGUAAAAGGCUGAAUUAAUAAAUCCCAGAAGGAAAAACACCAAAAUUUUGCAUUAGUAUUAAAUUACACUGGACAUAAAUUCGGCAGGUUGAGCAGCAGUGCAUUGUAAGAUAUAUUCAGUAGUUUCUGGUUGACUCUUGCAUCCAGUGUUUACCUUUUUUUUCCCUUUUCCUUUUUUAAUUUUUAUUUCUAAAAUUUUUACAGCUUUUAUUUUAGAUGCUUGUGUAAAACUAGAAAUUACAGGAAGGCUCCCCCUGUACUUCUGCACCAGAGGUUGGUUUGAUGCUGUGAAUCUUUCCAUAUCAUCACCUUUUACAAACCAAAUAAACUUACUUGUGUAAGUUAGCUUCCUGCAUGAAUAAGAGUGAAGUUUUUCUAUGGAGCAAAUCACUGCUUUGCAGUACUGUUGCCAUAAUGAAGUGCUUCAACUUUACAUCACAAGAAUAUAAAAUGUCCAUUUUAUGUUACAUUGUGAAUCACUAUAACCUUUGCAUGUACUAAACUACAGCAUAGCAAAUUUUAGGUAUUUGUUUUAGAUUGUACACAGUGGAAUUACUUUUUUAGGGUACUGUGGUGUUUAAAUAGUCUUUUUUGACUAAUUUCUGAUUUUCAUAUAUGGAACAUCCUUAAUUUGCACAUGAACUGCUGAGGAAGGACUGAUUUGGAAAAGGGUGUGCACAGAUGUAUAAAUCAAUUGUUCCUGCACCUUUAACAAUAUGCAUACUUUUACUUUUUUUUUACUUUAGCCACGAACAAUCCAUUAUGAGCCACUUCAGGAGUUAUUUAAUCAAUGACUUAAAUGCUUGUUUAAAAAAUGGAAAUAUGCUUCUCAUUUGAGUUAUACAAGUUCUCUUUAAGGUGGCUCAUUGUAGGAAAAGCUGUGCCUUUCUCUCUAGAGCACAAGUGAUGCAUGAACAAGUUUGCUGUAUUUAAGUACAUCCAAGGUUGACCACAAUUAGCCUGUCAAUUUAAGUAAUUUUGAACACUGUAGAAUGUAUUUCAUUUGUGGUCAUAACCUUUUGUUGAACUAGGCUAUUUCUUUCGCAGCAUUCCUUGUCAGCAAAGAUGUGGUUUCAAAAUGAAAGGAAAAGGGAUAGUCUGCUUAACCUGUUACGUUAGACUACAGGCUAGCUUGUCUUUAACAAAAUAAAUAUUGAAACCCA